AUCUCCGUUGUGGUCGACGACACGCCGUACCCAUUAUCUCCAUCACAACGAGAUAAUCUUACGUAUAUCGGAAGAGGACCUGUGGCAACAAAAGGAUACUACUAUGCACAUGUCGUUGGUGACAACAAUGAAGUUGUCAUACAAGAGCCAUUUGUCCGUGCACCAAGUCAGAGUGAUACAGACUAUGAAUUCUUCAACCGCUCGCGUGCACAUUGGGAUAUCCCGUCAGUGCCUUCUUUAUAUGAACCACUGUUCGAUCGGAUGCAAUCCGAUCUGCACAUUGACGGCGAUAUUGGGACUGUCCAUUUCACCGGCAACUACUCGGAGCUAUAUAACUUGCACGGCGAUGCUCUAAACGAAGAUGCCAGUGUAACUGUAAACAUGUCAUUUAUCAGAGGACAAGAGCUUUAUACGUUUGAUAAUGUUGAGCUCGAGCUUUCUGGCCGCUCUUCUCGAUGGAACCCAAAGCUGAGCUACAGUGUAAAAAUCCCCAAGGAUGACGGUUCCUCUUUGUAUGGCUAUCGCCGGCUUAAGUUACGGUCGCUGUUUACGGAUCCUUCCUAUCUUCGUGAAGCACUAGUUUAUAAAGUGAUACGAGCGACUGGGCUUGCUAGCACGGAUUUCUCUUAUGUCAGAGUGUUUCUGAACGAUAAACCAGCUGGCUUCUUCGGCUUAAUCGAAAACUUCAAAAAUCCAUGGCUCAAAAACGAGUUUGCCGGUGGUGAUUCAAAUUAUCAACAAGGCAAUUUGUAUCAGGGAAGACUUGUGGGCAAUAUCUUCAGUCCUGGUGGUCGUCUAUCGGAUUUGGAAUAUUAUGGUGAUAACAUAACCGCGUACGAUGAAGGACAAUACAAGAUCAAGGAAGAUCCAUCGAACGAUGAACCUAGCUUCCAGCCAUUGAUGGAAUUAACAAAGUUCUUAGGGAAUGCGCCUGUGGAUAACACUGAAGCAUGGGAGAAGCAUUUUAACAUGGAUACCGUGUUACGCAGCAUGGCACUAGAAGUUAUCCUUGGUUUUUCCGACGGUUAUCUGACCCUAGCCGACAACUGGUACCUCUACCAAAAUGGUCGCAACUCGAAACAAUUUGUAUAUAUAUCUUCAGACGUUGACAUCACUGCCGGUUCUACUAUGGUCAAAAUGUCGGAUAUGAUCUCAGGAAACUACAGCACAUUCCCAGGAUUAUUACGCCGGCCGCUCACGACACAAUUUUUGCGCGUACGCCAAUACAAGCAACGUUUUGAACAGAUUUUACAAGAUCUUGCUAACCAAUUGGUCAAUCCAAGGGUGUUAAACCCAGUAAUUGAUUCAAUGGCGGAUAUGAUUCGCCAAGAUGUCCAAUGGGAUCAAAAUUUGCCCAGGCUGGGUCAU